AUGGCGGCUCCCAGCGGCCGCCGGCCGCAGCCCGCGGGGCCGGGCGGGGGCAGCGGCGCCGGGCCCGGGGCUCUGCGGGGCGCUGAGGAGGACGCCGAGGGUCUCUACGUGGCGGUGGAGCGGUGCCCGCUCUGCAACACCACGCGCCGCCGCCUCACCUGCGCCAAGUGCGUGCAGAGCGGCGACUUCGUCUUCUUCGACGGGCGCGACUCGGAGAGGUUUUCAGAAAAGAAAGAAAGGCUGAUGCAUCUUAAAACCAAACAGAGAGAAUUCCAAAAACAUGUUUUGAAGGCCAUGGAAGGGAAAGAAAUAACUGAUCAGCUGAGAUGGAAAAUAAUGUCUUGCAAGAUGAGGAUUGAGCAGCUGAAACAGACCAUUUGCAAAGAAAAUGAUGAAAUGACAAGACACACAGAGGGGCUGCUGAGGAUUAAAGAGGAGAACCAGAAGCAUUAUCGCAGGGCUCAGAGGCACCAGGAGAAGAAGGAGAAGAUCCAGAAGCACAACAGGAAGCUGGGAGACCUGGUGGAGAAAAAAACCUUCGACCUGAAAACGCAGUACGAGCACCUGGCGAACCUCCGGCGCGCGCACAUCCUGGAGCUGACCUCGGUCAUCUUCCCCAUGGAGGAGGUGAAGACAAGCAUGAGGGACCCUGCAGACGUGUCCUCAGAGAGUGACAAUGCCAUGACCUCCAGCACUGUGAGCAAGCUGGCAGAGGCACGGAGAACCACGUACCUGUCUGGGAGGUGGGUGUGUGACGACCACAACGGGGACACCAGCAUCAGCAUCACGGGGCCCUGGAUCAUCCUCCCCAACAACGGGGACUACUCUGCCUACUACAACUGGGUGGAGGAGAAGAAGACCACACAGGGACCUGAUAUGGAACAUAAUAACCCUGCUCAUACCAUCAGUGCUGCAUUGUGCUAUGCAACUCAGCUCGUUAACACUUUGUCUCUCAUACUUGAUGUAAAUCUUCCCAAGAAGCUCUGCAACAGUGAAUUCUGUGGAGAGAAUCUCAGCAGACACAGGUUCACACGGGCAGUGAAGAAGCUGAAUGCUAAUAUCCUUCACCUCUGCUUCUCUCAGCAUGUAAAUUUAGAUCUGUUGCACCCCCUGCAUACCCUCAGGAACCUCAUGUACCUGGUCAGCCCAGACACCGAGAACUUGGGCAGGUCCGGCCCCUUCGAAAUCAGCGCCGACCUGGAGGACUCCAUGGAGUUCGUGGAGCCCAGCGCGGCGGGCGAGACGGACGAGAGCGGCGACGAGCACGUGAGCGACGAGGAGACGGACCUGGGCACGGACUGGGAGAACCUGCCCAGCCCCAGGUUCUGUGACAUCCCCUCGCAGCAGGUGGAGAUGCUGCAGAGCCAGAGCAGCCAGGUGUCCCAGCCCAUCGCCAGCAGCAGCGCGGGCGGGAUGAUCUCGUCCGCCGCCGCCUCGGUCACCUCGUGGCUCAAGGCCUACACCGGGCACCGCUAGCGGGCACAGGGGGCUGUGCCAGGAACCCCUCCCCGACUGGGCUGUAGUCAACCUUUACCUAUUCAGUUAAGUAGUGCCUGGAACAAAGGAAAGGUCAGACUUGCGUUUUGUAAACCGGAGAAAACCUUUUUAUUUCCCCAAGAUGACCGUGACGGCCCCGUUUUGUAAAUUAGCUCCGUGCUCCCGACGGAUCCUGCGAGGGCACUCGGAUCCUGCGAGGGCACUUCGUGUCUUGGUUCUGUGCAUCGAGGAUUGGCAAAGGACCCAGCAACCUCCAGCUCUACUUU